AACUCCCAUUCUUCUUCUUCUUCUUCGUCUUCCCAAACACUGCCUCCUACUGAGAUUGAAUAACUUGACAUUUGAGAGAAGAGAGAAGAAGUGAGAAAGUCGGGUAUGGGCAUUGGGUACGUGGGCACGUCGCAAAACGCGGUGAGGAUCCGACCACUACUCAAAACCCACCAAAGGCCAGCCCACCCAGCCUCUUCCAAUUCGGACCCUUCUUCUUGUUCUCGCAAUCUUAGUUUUGGUCCACAAGAGAGAAGGAAUGCCAAUUCCACAAGAGGCAGAAAAUGAACAGGUAAAAGAGGGUUUACUUGAUCCAUUAUCAGGGUCAAGAAGUCAGAAUUGGCUUAUCUGCAAACUAAUCCAUUGACUUGCGCACUGACCAAAAAGAACAGAGUGCGUUAAAAGGUCGCAAUGGACAUGCUGAAUCUUGAAGACUCCAGCUAAUCACUUUGACUCUCUAUUUCAACCUUCACAAUCAUUCUUUGCUUUGCUGAUUUCUGCUCUAUUCUCUUCCUUUUAACAAAACAAUGGCGGUGGGCGAGAUCUUUCUUGCGGCAUUCCAUAGGAUUCUGCUGGACUGGUUAACGAGUCAAGCUGGCUACUUUGGAAGCUUGGGAGGAGUUGGCAAAAAGCUGCACAAAUGGAGGGAAACACUGUCCGCAGUUGCAGCGGUGCUCUACGAUGCCGAGGAGAAGGAGCUCACCAGCAAGACAGUGGAGCUUUGGCUGAAUGAUCUCAAACACUUGGCUUAUGAUUUGGAGGAUCUGCUCAACACCUUUUCCAAUGAGAUGUUAGAACGCCAGCUCCUCAAAGUUGACAAAUCUGGCACAAGCAAGAAAGAGAAACUCGGUUUGAAGUACAUUGUGCAUACCUAUACUUCAACAUCACCAUGGCAAAGGAUACCAGGUUCGUAUGUGCUGGACGGACCUGUAGUUGGAAGAGAUGAAGACACAGCAAAGAUUGUUGAAUUGUUGUCCAGAGAUGUUGAUCCCUCUUCUCCCACCCAAUAUCAAGUUGUUGCCAUUGUUGGUAUGGGAGGACUCGGCAAGACAACGCUUGUGGCACAAGUCUUCAAUGAUGUAGCUGCAAUCGAACAGUUUGAUAUCAAAAUCUGGGUUUCAGUGUCUGCUGACUUCAAUCUUGAAAGUGUGACGAGAACUAUUUCUAAGAAAGUCAAAUCUCAGCCAUGUGAUACGGAUGAUUUCUGUCAACUUCAAGAUAAUCUGAGGAAGGACAUAGAUGGUAAAAGGUUUUUGAUUGUUUUAGAUGAUGUGUGGAGCACAUGUGAUUAUGAUUCAUGGACAAAACUUCAAGCUCCCUUUCGUGGUGGAGCUCAUGGAAGUAAGGUAAUGGUGACAACACGUGACGAAAAGUAG